GAAGUGCAGUAACUCGAGACAGCGAGGCUCUGCAUUAGUUUAUGACGUGAACUGUCCGGAGCAGGAGACCAAGCGUUACUCGGGACCCUACGGAAAACACGACGAGCAGAUAAGGUCUUUAGUGUGAGCGUAUGUCAGUAUGAGAUGUCGUCCCUCAGUGCUAGCUUCGUGCAGAUACGCUUCGAUGCCAUCCAGUUUUAUGAGAACUGUGGAGGUGGGAGCUUCGGGAGUGUGUACCGUGCACGCUGGGUCCCACAGGACAAAGAAGUGGCGGUCAAAAAGCUGCUGAAAAUUGAUAAAGAGGCCGAGAUUCUCAGCGUUUUGAGCCACAAAAACAUCAUUCAGUUUUAUGGAGCAGUUCUGGAGGCGCCAAAUUAUGCCAUAGUCACAGAAUAUGCGAGUGGAGGGUCGCUUUAUGAAUACCUGUCCAGUCCAGACAGUGAAGAGAUGGACAUGGGUCAAGUAAUGACUUGGGCGUUGGACAUUGCUAAAGGAAUUCAUUAUUUACAUGCAGAAGCUCCAGUAAAAGUCAUUCAUAGGGAUCUGAAAUCUCGGAAUGUGGUGUUAGCUGCCGACAAUGUCCUAAAGAUCUGUGAUUUUGGAGCAUCGAAGUUCCUGUCUCACACCACACACAUGUCUUUGGUGGGCACAUUCCCCUGGAUGGCCCCGGAGGUGAUCCAGAGCCUGCCUGUAUCUGAAACCUGCGACACAUACUCAUACGGUGUGGUUUUAUGGGAAAUGUUGACCCGAGAGGUGCCCUUUAAAGGGUUCGAGGGUUUGCAAGUGGCCUGGCUGGUUGUGGAAAAAAAUGAGAGGCCGACCAUUCCUAGCAGUUGUCCUGCCAGCUUUGCAGAGUUAAUGAGAUCAUGCUGGGUGGCAGAACCCAAGGAGAGGCCUGUGUUUAAACAGAUCCUGGGUACUCUAGAGGCCAUGUGUAAUGACAGUAAGCUUCCUGACCAGUGCAACUCUUUCCUACACAACAAGGCAGAGUGGAGGUGUGAGAUUGAUGCAACUCUGGAGCGGCUGAAGAGGCUGGAAAGAGAGCUGACCUGUAAGGAGCAGGAGCUGGAUGAGAGAGAAAGGAGACUGAGAGCGUGGGAGAACAGACUCCUGGAGAGAUCCAAAUCAUGCACUCCUUUCUUCUCUCAGAUCACUCCGAUGGCUGUGAGCACAGAGUCUUUCUAUGAGUCGCGCUCUGAGGAGAGCAACAGCUCAGAGAUGAGCUGCCAGAUCUCCUCCUCCUGCAGUAACGGUGACCUGGGCGGGGCCGACCUGCAGGCCAUCAUGCGUGGCUUCGGAGGAGUGUUUGAUCUGGAUAUGAGCAUGCCUGGGAGCAGCCCCAUGCGGCAGUCGGGCAUGCAGGUGAACAUGCAGGCCAAGCAGAACUCCUCCAAGUCCUGCAGCAUACGUGAGGGUCACAAACUCAACAUGGCCAUCAGCAUGGACCCCUUUGGGUGGUCUGAUGACGACAGCGACUAGAGGCUCUUCUGAACGAUGUGGGCAUCAUCAGGCAUGGGAAGGAACCAGCCAGUGGGUCAAAAAUACACCAGACAUCAAAUGUUACAUAAUAAGACACCCAAAUAUAAUGGCUAGAAAUGUACUUUGCAGAAUAAUCUGUUCUAAUUCUGCUGCUACAGUUGUGGACAGAAGUUUGCAUACACUCAUCAUGGACAUGAAUAUCAUGGAAACAUUGGGCUUUCUUGUGAUUAACUGAACUUUUCCUUAUUUCUGGGGCAGAAUGAUGAGGGUACAACAUACUUCUUUUAAAGAGAGUUGGCUAAUAUUUAGUUAAAUGCCCUAGGUGCAGAUUGCACACUGAUGAGAAGAUGCUUGAGGUGGCAGUAAAGAAGCACAAUCAACAUACACAAUACUGCCAAAGUAUUUACUCACCCAUCCAAAUCACAGAACUCAGGUUCCAAUCACUUUAAAGUAAGCAGCCAGUGAUGCAGACUGCUUCUACCAACAUUAGUGAAAGAAGGGGUGGCUCUCAGGAGCUCAGUGAACUCCAGCGCACUCCUGUGCUACAAGUUGUGUCGUGAAAUUUGGAAUUGAGCGUAGAGACUCAUGGAAUGGAAAGUUUCCAUGACAGAGCAAGCAGCUCCAUCCAAGCCUUACAUCACCAAACACAGCAAUGCAGGCCAGCAGUUACUUUUGGCAAUAAAAUGUAUUUCCAAUAGGAGUGAAGUCAGGGAUUUGCGAAGGCCAUUCUAAAAUCUUAAUGUCAGCCUUUUUAUAUUGAUUGUCCAUAUGUGUUUACGGUCAUUUACAUAUUGGAACACCCACCCAGUUGUAUCAAUCCAUACAGUAAUUCUCAAUCCUGGUCCUGCAGGCACCCUCUGCCCAGCACAUUUAUUGGCUGUAUCCCAAUUGCAUAUUAGUCGCCAUGUGCUAUUUUUAAUAGUGCAGGUUUGUACAUAAAUAUUAAUGUACUAACCAUUUUUAUUAACAAAAAGUCACAAUACACUUGACACAACUAAUCAGUUACUUACCCGAUUCCUUCAGAGUGGUAAUGUCAGGAAAACCACUAAAAUGUGCAGGGUAGGGUGCCUUAUCUUACUUCCAGAAAUUUGAUAAACAUGGGCAAACGUCUCCAGUGUUGGUAGAAUCAGUUUUAAUUCUGUAUUCACUUUAGAAAAUGUAAACAUGCAUUUUUAUCUAUUAAUGUUGUACUCACAUUCUGCCCCGGAAAACUUCCAUCCACAACUAAAGGUCUAAAGUCUAAAGGUUAUUUUUUUGGAUACUAAACAGAUGAUCAUACUAAGAGCAGCCAAACUAAGGGCAGAGUACUGAGUAUUAAAUUAAGGGGAUUACCACGAGCCAUUGGUCAUUUAAGAAGUGUGCAUUCUCUGUGAACAACUUGUAAUAGUUCUUGUUGAAAUGAGCCAAGUGUUAAGCUAGUGCAGUAUUGGUGAAAUACUGAAAGCCUGAUGGUGUGAUUUAUGAUUUUUGAAGGUUUUGUGACAAACAUUUUUUUUAAAUCCCUCUUUUUUUUUUU